CGAACAGGGGACGGGGCGGGCAGCCGAAGGAGGCGGAGGCAGAGGAGGAGGAAGCCGGAAGUGCAUCGGACCCGGGUCUGUCCGGGCGUUGCGGGAUUGGGGCCUGGGAACACUCGGCCCCCGGCAGCCGAGAAGCCCGGGACUGGGCUGAGCGGCGCGAUCCCAGCCCUGAGGCCUGCUGACUGUCCCAUUUCGGAGUCUCCUGUCACCGCCCCCCGAAUCCCCGCAGCCCUCCCCGUCUCCGUCAGCCCUGGGUCCCACCCCCCCCAUCCUCUGGUGUCAACCCUGACAGCCCAGCGCCGGCCUCACCUGCAGCGUACCCGGAGCGUUGCUCUCCUCCACCGAACUGUGAGGCUCUGCGCGCCCCGCCGAGGUCGGCGGCAACCAGCAGCGACUGCGGAGCGACGGCGGGCGGCCCCGGGCAUGUACGCCCCCGGAGGCGCAGGGCUGCCCGGCGGGCGCCGGCGGAGGAGCCCGGGAGGCAGCGCUCUGCCCAAGCAGCCGGAGCGUAGCCUGGCCUCGGCCCUGCCUGGCGCCCUGUCCAUCACGGCGCUGUGCACUGCCCUCGCCGAGCCCGCCUGGUUGCACAUCCACGGAGGCACCUGUUCCCGCCAGGAGCUGGGGGUCUCCGACGUGUUGGGCUAUGUGCACCCGGACCUGCUGAAAGAUUUCUGCAUGAAUCCCCAGACAGUGCUGCUCCUUCGGGUCAUUGCUGCCUUCUGCUUCCUGGGCAUCCUGUGUAGUCUCUCCGCUUUCCUUCUGGAUGUCUUUGGUCCCAAGCAUCCCGCCCUGAAGAUCACCCGUCGCUAUGCCUUCGCCCAUAUCCUCACUGUCCUGCAGUGUGCCACUGUCAUUGGCUUUUCUUAUUGGGCUUCUGAACUCAUCCUGGCCCAGCAGCAGCAGCAUAAGAAGUACCAUGGAUCCCAGGUCUAUGUCACCUUCGCUGUUAGCUUCUACCUGGUGGCAGGAGCUGGUGGAGCCUCAAUCCUGGCCACGGCAGCCAACCUCCUUCGCCACUACCCCACAGAGGAAGAGGAGCAGGCUCUGGAGCUGCUCUCUGAGAUGGAGGAGAACGAGCCCUACCCAGCGGAAUAUGAGGUCAUCAACCAGUUCCAGCCACCUCCUGCCUACACACCCUAAUGCCAGCCUUGGGCUCUCUUCCUCGGCAGCCCUUCCCCCAACUCUGCAACUCCUCUUGCACCCAGAGGAGCUCCUUUCUCCAGCAGGCCUCACUGGUAGGAUCCUGACCAUGUUCUCCAAACCUUCCCCAGGAGAGACUCUGCCUUUAGGGUUAUUCGAGUAUCCCUGCUCUCAGAACUGGGGGUCCACUGGUUUUCUAUAAUGCACUGUUUCCCUCCUGCUGCAUCCCGCUCCCUUCAUGUUCACGAGUCAUUAGCAGCCAGGGAAGAUCAAUCCAAGUUUCCCCCAGGAUGGGCCAUAUCUUUGGGACUGAGACUUUCCUUGGAGAUCUGCUGAGAGUGGACAGUCCCAGGAAGAAGUGUCAGAGGGCCCAAGGGAAAAGGGACUGGCUCUGGGCUCAUGCCCCCAGCCCUCUUCCUUCUCAGAGUGACCCACCCCCAGGCCACCUGCUCCGGGGAGUUCUGUGCACUUUACUCUUUGGACUUCUCACGUGUGCCCUGGUUUUAUGGGGAGAGGGAAUUGCUGUUGGGAAGGCAGAACAGCUGCUGCCCUCCCUGGCCUUGCUUUGUGUGACUGGAGCCCAGACAAGGAGAGCAGGAGCCAGCAUGAGACUGAGGCCUCCUGGUGCCUACCAAGGAUGAAAGUAAAGAGGACUACAUCUCCCAGCCCUUUCACCUUUUAAAUGUGAGUUGUUUUAAAAGGAAAAAAACAAAACCAGGCAACGGCAACAAUAUUCUGUUUUUAAAAUAGGGACAAGACUGUUGUCACUUUUUAGAAAUGUAUCUCAUUCCUUUUGGCUCUGCAAUAUUUGGCCCGUAGCUUCUUCCAAGCCCAUGGUAGUCCCUCCCUGAGUCUCUCUCAGCAGAAUGCAGCCUCCCUUCCCUGGCCCCUUCCCUCCCAGCGACUAUGGCUCCCUGGGGCUUUCUUGUGGAACCCAGAGGGGCUGAGGACUGUGGCCUGGCUGGCGGGCCAGCGUGGUGCUCUUCAGGACUGCGGCACUGAGAUGGAACCUGGCCUCAGUUCAGGAACAGAGGCCACAACGGGGCAGGAACCCACCACCUUCCACAUAGGAAUACAACCAGUGGGGCCCCAUAACGUGAGGCAUCAGACUCACCCUGUCAGCCCAGCAGGCCGGGCUGUGUCCUUCAGACUCAGUGCUGCCCUAGACUCUGACUUGGGGCUCCAACCUGCCGCAUGCCCCUCUCCCCCUCUUAAAUGUACUCUGGCCUUGCAGUGUGCUGCUGGCACUUUCUCUCUCAGCCAUUACUCUGGCCACCCUGUUUGCUCUGGCUCUGGCUGAAUUUUCUGCUCUGAGCUCUAGGUAUAAAGUGGAUGAAACUUGAAAGACCUUCAGUGUAGAUCCAGAUGGCCAACCUGUCCUUGUUACGUUACUUGCUUCUUGGGAAUGAACGUCCAUUGCUGAGCUGAAAAGGAAAUGGAUUCCAAUUUCCUCCAACCUUUAAGGUGAUAGGCAGUUCAAGAAAGACUGGAGAAUGGACAACACUAUGAAGCUGUGGCUAGAAAGGGACUGUCAUGUCCCAUCCUUUGGCCAGAUUGACUGGGGAUGUCUGGACAGAUGCCUGCAUGGGUGGUGAGGGCCACAUCUGCACAUGAGCGGGUGGCUGCUUGCAGCUCACUGCUGUGAUGCCAGAGUGUCUUCAAAGGUGACUCUCCUGCUUUUCUGGACUCUUCUCUCAGGCAAGAAAGGCUGCUGGCUGCCUGCUGUGUGAUGCCUGACCAUAAAGCCAAGGAACUGAACUACGUCUUUCUGUAAAAUCCUGAGUUUGUCGUUGGCAGGUUUACAUGUGGCCAGCUAUCUCUGCCCAUGGGUGUUUGAACAGGCAGACCAGAAGACCAGGCACCAGACAUGCAUGCCAAAGGGACCGGUCAUCUCCUGAGGACCUGUACAUGACCCUGUGGAUCAUUCCAUGCAAUCCGGAACCCACUUUUUAUUCACUUCCCAUGUCUCUGGCCUUCCCCUUCUUUCUCUUUUCCUCUGUCAUCCUGACACUGAUAGUUUGUCAUAUAAAUUCCCCUGGUUGUAUUUUUUUUUUUCUAGGAAAAAAAUUAAAAAUGAAAGCAAACAAAACCCAGAAACAACAAAUAAGAAUGGAAAUG